CUUCAGCAGUCGAGCGGAGCGGAAGGAAAUGAUUGUGUGGAAGCACGUAUUUCAUGUUCAGGUUCAUACUUCUAGAAAAUAAUUCCAGCACUGACCUGCACCCAUAAUGACCAGACCUGGUCAAGAUGAAGAAGAGAGAUUUCUGGACGGCUGUUAUUGGUGUGUCGAUCAUCUACAUCGGCCUGUGUUUCUGGAUCUACUUCAGAAUUGAGUCUCAGCUGUCACGGUCGGUCAGUCUGGUGGAGAAGGAAGAGAAGUGUCCCAGGGCCUACUCACCAAGGCAUGCCCACUUCUCCGGGAACACCGUAGCAGUGAGGCAGAUCUCCACAACAUGGCCCACCUGCCAAGCCAAACUGACAGCUGAGCAACAUGGAGUUGAUAUUCAGAUGGAGUCGGAAUGGUCGUCUAUCAAGGUGGCCUACCCCAAGUUCAUCCUGACUGUGAGUGGGUGGGUGCCCGACCUCCAGGUGCCCUCCUACACAGCCAAGGGAGGGGACAGACCCUUGCAUGUCAUAGUGGUACCCCACUCCCACCAGGACCCAGGUUGGCUCAGUACCUUCGUUCAAUACUACAAUUCUUACACUAAGGAAACUCUGGACAGUGCGGUAGAACAACUGACAAAGCAGCCAACAUGGAAGUUUAUUUGGGCUGAGAUGAUAUUUCUGGCUAGAUGGUGGGAGACUGCAUCUCAGGAAAAAAAAGACAAAUUUCUGAAACUGGUGGCAGACGGACGUCUGGAGAUUGUGACAGCAGGCUGGGUAAUGAGUGAUGAAGCCAAUGUCCAUUACGAAGCCAUGCUUGACCAGCUUAUUGAAGGACAUCAGUGGCUGAAAUCAAACAUUGGUGUCGAGGCCAAGACUGGCUGGUCCAUAGAUCAGUUUGGAUACUCCCCUACAAUGCCGUACCUGAUGAAGAACUCUGGGAUAAAGAAUCUGGUGAUACAGCGAGUCCACUACUCCGUCAAGAAGCAUCUAGCGGCAGGAAGGAACCUGGAGUUUCACUGGAGGCAAGCAUGGGCCUCGGGUGUGGAGAGUGACCUGUUCUGCCACGUCAUGCCCUUCCUCAGCUACAGCAUCAUGUACUCCUGUGGCCCAGAGCCCCACGUGUGCUGCAAGUUUGACUUCGACCGGACCAAGUGUCUGCGUGGCAAGAAGUCCAUCGAGCCUGACGAUGUUUCAGACACCAACGUGGAACAACUAUCGUGGGAACUCUGGGAGCAGCUACAGAAGAAAGCUCACCUGUACAAGAGCAACGUGCUGCUGGUGCCCCAUGGCGAUGACUUCCGUUACUCGUCACCAUCAGAGUGGAACAAACAGCUGACGAACCUGGAGAAAAUGUUCACAUUCAUGAACAGCAAGACUGAUUUCCAUAUCAAGAUAGAGUUUGGAACCCUGAGUGACUAUUUCUCAGCCCUGGAGAAGGACAAACCUCACUUCACCCACGAAUCCCCCUUCCCAUCUCUCAGUGGCGACUUCUUCCCCUAUACUGACCGCAGUGACCAGUACUGGUCAGGGUACUUCACAUCCAGACCCUUGUACAAGCACAUCACCCGUGUCCUGCAGGCAAAGAUCAGGUUACUUGACAUAUGGUACACCCUGUGUUAUGCCCGUGCUGUCAGGAGGCAUAAGACAGCAGUGGUGACAUUUCUACGUGAGCGGUUCUCUGUCCUCGUGUCCACAAGGAGAGCCAAUGGUCACUUCCAGCACCAUGAUGCCAUCACUGGGACAUCCUCUUCAGCAGUCACUAAGGAUUAUGCACAAAUCUUACUGAAUGCCAUGGAACAGGCUGAUGCCAUGAUAGGAGCUGUCACCACCAUCCUAAUGACAGAUGGACCAUUGGAAGAGGGGGCCAUCACUUCACACAUCAAGCCAAAUGAGGAGUGGAAACAUUUUGAUGAACCUCCCAUGAGAAAUGCCUUCGAAGUUAAUGAAAAGAGGACUGUCAUCAUCAGUAAUCCGCUUACCACACGUCGCAGAGAGGUUGUGCGGGUAACAACACUGUCACCCGAUGUCACCGUCACUGAUGCUGACCUUGGGUUUGUUCUACAUCAGAUUAACCCGGUUCUGACCUCAGACUUCAACAUUGAUCUCAACAGAUUCGAGGUUGCCUUCCUGGUAGACUUGCCUCCACUCUCAGUAAAGAAGUUUUUUCUCCAACCAUCAAAAGAUGCUGAAAGAUCGCUAGCUAGAGUUUCAGCAUUCAACACCAACCUUGCAGAGGACUUUAAGAAAUCUCGGUUCCGCGUCAGCACUGGUCAGCAGCCAAGAGUGCUUGAGCUGGACAACGGCUACUACCGAGUGUCUUUCUCUCCAUGCACUGGAUUCCUUGAGCAUGUACACAGGAAGGUAGAUGACUGGAUGUAUGAGGUGCAGCUGAAGAUGAUGACAUAUGACACAGGCUCCUGGUUUAAGGACAAGAGUGGAGCCUACACAUUCCAGCCCAAUGGACCAGCAACAGAGUUGGACAUCGAGUACCCAGAGAUGAUGAUGGUGGACGGUCCGGUGAUGUCUGCUGUGUACACCUCUGUGCCAGGAAUACUUCACUCUGCUACAUUGUAUAAAGUAGAAGGUUCAGCUGUUGCCGGCCUUCACCUUGAGAACCGGGUGAACUUGAACAGUGAUCGCUGGGACAACAAGGAGCUGGUGAUGAGACUGGACUCCAGCAUCUACAACAGAGAACACUCCAUCUGCACCGACCUCAAUGGCUUCCAGAUGCACAGGAAGCAGUAUCAAUCGAAGCUGACAAUGCAGGGCAACUUCCAUCCUCUGAGCACAGCGGCUUACAUAGAGGACAGCUUAGGUUCCCGCCUCACCCUCCUGACCGCAGAGACGCACGGGGUGGCCAACUUGGAGCCAGGGUGGCUGGAGGUGGUGUUGGACCGACGCCUAAUGCAGGGGGACUGGCGUGGACUGAAUGAGGGGGUCAAGAACAACAUGCCCACCCCCAGUCACUUUGUCCUGAUGCUGGAGAAGUCACGCGCUAAGCUGGACGCAGGGCCGCCAGUGCCUGCCUGCUUCCCCUCCGCCACCAGCCACCUGUUGUCCCAGUCCCUCCUCCACCCCCUGUCAGUGGGCGUGGUCAACAUAGGGGGAGAUGCUCUGGGUACCAGAUACCUGUCCCAGCUGUCUCUAAUCCAUCAACCUCUACCUCCCGCCCUGGGGCUGGUCAACCUGCGUACACUGAGGGUGAAUGACACUGCGGCAGUGACAAGCUUGCUUAUAGUCCACCAGGCUGGGCUGGACUGUGAUGUCACGGAGACCCUGGAAGAUGAGCAGAAUAUUCAGGAGUCUCCAAGUGUAAAGCUGUUUGAAGAUGUAAAUGUCAUGAGUGCCUUUGAAACCAACUUGAACGGAUUGAAGAUCAAGAAGAAACUGACGUCAUAUGAGAUGAAUGUUCCACCCAUGGAAUUGAAAGUAUUUAAGUUGUCAUUAGGAUAAGAGCAUUAUUCAAAAUAAUUUGUGAAAUGACUGUGAUAUCUUCUGAUUAUAUCUACAUACACUAAUGGUACUCUUAGGGACCAAACAUUUUAUGUUUCUUAUUUAAAAAAAAAUAUGUUUACUAUUAUACAGGGGAGACAAAAUUAUUCUAUAUUGUAUUGUAACACAAAAGAAAAAUAAUUAUUCUGAAAAAUAUGUGUUAAGGAAACGGUAAAACAUUUAAGGAAGAGAAUUAAUAGAUGUCAUCUUCUUUAUUACAAGGAACACGUUUCGGUGUGUAUGCUUACUCCUUCAACAGGUGAAAAUCAUUUUUGUUUGUCCCCUUACCUUAUUCACACAGUGAAUGAUUUACCUUAUUCAUGCAAUCUGUGAUCUCCACCAAUUCACCUCCACACACAGUGGUAAAUUUACCUUAUUCACCCCCUCUGUGAUCUCCACUGAUUUUGCCUACACAGUGGUUUACUUCUGUGAUUUUCACUGUGAAUAUUUUAGGAGUCUACAAUUCGUUGUUAUUGUCAGACCGUUUCAUUUUCAAGAUUUACAAAGAAACCAUUUUGAAAAGUAAAUGAAACAAAUCAAAUUUCAAAUGCUCUGUUUAAAUGAAAACAUGCUUGUUAACAUCUGUUUGUUUGUAUCCAGUGUUCUGCCGAGGCAGUGGCCUAGCAGGAUUCUCGCAAUAAUUCAUUGAUUGGCUCAUAAUAUGUACGCUCAGUGGGACUUGAUAUCAAGCACAUUCACGAGGAUGGGUUUAUUUUAUUUAAUUAUGGGAGUAACUGACUACCUCAAAAAUAUUUUACUUCACUCGGACAGCUGCUUCAAUUAUUGAAUGUAAACGUCCUGAUUUUCAUUGCCUCAAGUGUCUUAAUUUACAAGCGGCACCUUUCAUUGGCUGAAGGUCACAAAUGGUCCAAUCAGAAUCAAGAUUACACAUUUUUGCAGAUAUAGUAGUCAUGGUUCUGAUAGGCCAACGAUGUGCUUGGUUCAAAUGAGCCCAGUAUUGCAGAAUCACUGACCACUUGUUAUGUCAGCGAUCAAAGAAUGUUUCCCAUGGUGCACCUGACAGUCACCAUGGUGACAGACCGAGGAAAGGGGGAGAAAUUACAUGACUAUACAUGGUCGCACCAUAACUAAGAAAAAAUACUACAACAUGCCAGUUUUGUAUGAAUCAUGUGAAAUUUAAUUCAAUGACUAAGCUAUAUUCUAAUUGUAGAACAAGUAUCUUGAAGAGACUUGCUAAUGGCAGUGAUCACAAACAGGCUGUUGAGUCUACGUAUGUGACAUCGGAUGUUGUUGCUACAAUACGUCAUAUCUGAGAUAAAUGUCAUACAAACAUUCUGCGUAUCACUGACGUUACUUGUGGACGGAGAUUCUGCAGCAGUAACCUUCAUAUGAUCUCACAGAGUGCUGCCUGAUUAGUUUUGAAAAUGACCCCAUCUAUUUAUGCUGAAGAGGACCCAGUUCCCACUUGUUCAGUUUCUUGGCAGAACAUUGAUUAUCUUAAUAAUAUUAUUUCAAGAGGAUUUUUUAAAGGAAAAUAGCCUAAAAUAAACCCGAACCUAAAAAUAUUCAAUUUUUUAGCCUCUUGGAUCUUGACAUACUGAUUAAGAAAACCUGAAAAAAAGAAAUCAAUUUUGUCUAGCUGAUAUAUUUUCAAUUUACAUAACUUGAUUACAGUUUGUCGGAAUGAUUGUAUAUUUUGCAAGUCAGUUGGAUUUCAGGUCAUUACAUGUCAAUAUUAUUACUCACCUGUUGGAGGUAUCACUGUCUAGUUAACAUACAGCUGUAUUUCACAAUUGCUUGAUAUGUUUUGAAAUGCACCAAAUAGUAUCUAAUCAGGCCUCAAAGUUGCAACUAAAAUGGUCGCCAAUGCGACCUAAAUUUUAUUUUGUCUACUGUCUAAAAUUCAGAGGUAGCCAAAUGACUACCUUGAAAAAUAUCUUGUGGCGACUAAAUUCUAUUGCUACACGUCUGUAGACACAAAAAUAAAUAACAGCUGAUCUUGGAAAACAAGUCUGCCUUUAAUUGUACUUGCAAAUAAUUCCUCCUAAAGUCGACAAUGAACCAAAAGACAUAAGUAUUAAUGUAAUUAGUACUUUAUUUUAAUUGACAAUGCUCUUUGGAUAAGCAAGGCUAUACCUUACCUAUAUAAUCUAGUAACAUAAAUUGCAUCAUUGUUCGAGUCACAAGUAACAAAAACAAGUACAGUUUCGACUAAUAUACAACUCCAAGACAAGUGCUAUAACUUGUACAUAUUAUAAUAGUUAUUUGAUAAAAGAUAAUUUCAAAUUCUUUUGGCUACCUACAAUAUGAGCUUGACUUCUUAAUUUUACCACUGGCUACCUGGGAAAAAAUACUUGUAGCCAUAUGGCUACUUGGUAAAAAAUUAAACUUUGAGGUCUGCUAAUAUAAAUCUAUAUAUAACAUCCAAAAUUUUCCAAUCAUAAUUCUAUGGAGAUGAGUAAAUAGUUUCAGGUCCCAUGUUAGUUGUAUGAUGAAGUAAAUCCUGUGAUUGUUCGUGUAUGAAUUAUGGUGUCUGGCAGUCUGGCAUUUCAAGACAGUUUCAUGUUUCAGUGACCAAUCAUUAUUGAUGAGGAUGGAUGUUUUUCUCAUUAGAACAUGCCAGUCAUUUGAUCAGGAAAACUCUUGGUAUCACAAUUACACAAUAGGUGAAGUGUCUGAUGCCAAGUUGUAUUAUCCUUUCUUCAACUGUGCUUGUUUUUGAUUGCCAGUAACAGUGUGUCUUUCCCAGGUUAAUGUUCCUAAUGCGCUCAGUAAAUUAGUUCCUCCUAAUUGUCGAUUUUAAUUAACGUUCAUGUUACAAUGUCGAUAAAUAUUUAUAUUUAUUUGAAAUGAAAAUUUUCCGUACAUCCAUUCAGCAUAACAUCACGCAAAUCUUACAAAACGAACUAUUUAUCUCCUAAAUGAUCUCACAAGUUGGAUGGGUUAAGAAGGCUAGUGUCAUUAAUCCAAUUCACACAGGUUAUCUAUGUCUGUGGGUUGCUGUGAUGCCAACUCAAGUCAAGAUACAAAAUGCUUCAAAAUGAAAUCAUAAGCAAACAAAAGCAAAGCAAAAGGCCUUUACGAGCAGUGAUUUAUAACCCUCUGCCAGUUGAUAUCAUAGUGUAAAUAGGUAUGCUUAUGAUAGAAUAUUUGUGUACCAUUGUGCUCUCGUACGGAUGUUUGUUGUACACAAUGCACUGUGAUAGCAAUAUGAAGCUCCUUUACCAAAGUGAACUGAAGUCCCUGAAAAGUGCCGGAGAAUAGAAGAACUCGGUUCAAAGUUGUAAUUAUAGUGAAGCAAUAGGUCAGAGCAAUGUUAAGUGGCACUAUUUGAUAUAGUUUCAUAGAAGACUCCAUGAUUCAAAGGGCAUUUCAUUAUGUGACUUUACUUAGACUGUGAAUUUAUGUAUACAUAUAUUUAGAGUGAUUGUUGGUGGUCAUGUGUGUGUUUGUUUGAUCAUCAUGUGUGAGUCGUGUACCAUGAGUUUGGUUGAUCAUGCCUCAUGUCAUCUUCCCGAGGCAAGGGUGUUAACUGACUAUAAAAGUCCAGUUUCCACCCUUGCGGAACUUGGCUGGUAUUCUGGAGUUACAUUUUGGCUGGACUAACGGGUCUA